AUGCAUUUUCUUCUUCUUUUCAAGCUGGCCUGUCUUUCAUCCUUUUCUGUAUCUGUAUUUGCACAGAGAGGGAGAGUUGGCUCUAGUGAUGGAUCCAAAGCCGACCAAUCGCGGGUAAUAGGCUUGACGCGCCCUAGCCCUACAGAUGGCCGAAACCCUCUCGAGACUCAGGGUUGGAUUAGCCCUGAAUACAAGUGGUUUUAUGAAUACCCUCUACCACUGCCUCCGACGAAGAGCAAAAAACAGACAUGGACAGGUGAUGACGGCGCAGAAAUCGACUACUACGAAGUUGAACUCAAGAGCUUUUCAAAACAGAUCUAUCCGGAUCUUCCAGCGACGCCUAUGGUUGGCUACGAUGGGAUGGCGCCAGGCCCCACGCUUGUGAUGCAGCAAAAUCGAGAGGCAGUAGUGCGGUUCAUUAACAACGGACCGUCAAACAUGUCAGUUCACGUUCACGGCCAAUACAACAGAUCUCCCUUCGAUGGAUGGGCCAGUGAUAUGACAUCACCUGGCCAGUACAAGGACUACUACUAUCCGAAUGCUCAGAACGCGAGAACGAUCUGGUAUCAUGAUCAUACCGAGUUUGCAUCAGGCGAACACGCUUACCGAGGAGAAGAGGGUUACUAUAUUCUCACCGACCCUGAAGAGCAAGCUCUGGGACUACCAUCCGGCCAAUACGAUGUCACACUCGCUAUUGCCGCGAAGAUCUACAGAUCGGAUGGCUCGCUGUACUACGACAGCAAUCACGAUGCUGGCCUUUGGGGUGACGUGAUCUUAGUGAACGAGCAACCAUGGCCGUACUUUAAUGUCGAAGCUCGACCAUACCGCUUCCGCUUACUCAAUGGAGCAGUCAGCCGAACAUUCGAUCUCACUUUCAACACAGACGAUGGAGAGAUGUUGCCCUUUGAUGUUAUUGGUUCAGACUGUGGUCUCUUCAACUCGCCGGUCAACUCCACCUUCAUCGCUUUGUCUAUGGGCGAGCGCUACGAGCUGGUGAUCGACUUCUCCAACUACCGAAAUCAGAACAUCACUCUUCUAAAUGGACGAGGUAUUGGUGACAAUGUUGACUACCCAGCCACGAACAGGAUUAUGCGCUUUAUCGUCGGUGAAGGUUCCGGCGAUAGCGGCGGCGGCGUUCCCCAGACUCUUCGUAACAACGAGCAAGUAGCUCCUGCAGCCUCUAACGCCAAGGACUUCACUUUUGGGCGUGGCCAGGGUGGUUCUUGGGAAAUUAACGGCGUCGGCUUUCGAGAUGUUGAAAACCGCAUUUUGACUAAACCUGAGCGUGGUACUUACGAGACUUGGGAGCUCAGCAAUGGCGCGGGCGGCGGCACGCAUCCUGUGCACAUCCAUCUUGUCGAUUUCAAAAUCAUCUCAAGGACUGGUGGCAGAAACGAAGUGGCAGACUACGAAGGCGCGGGAUGGAAGGACGUCGUCUGGCUCGCUGCAGGCGAGUCCGUACAGGUCAUUGCUCGUUAUGCACCCUGGGACGGCAUCUAUAUGUUCCAUUGCCACAACCUUGUCCAUGAGGACCAUGACAUGCUCGUAGCCUUCAGCGUACCCAAUCUCGAGAAAUGGGGUUACACAAACUCGACGCUCUUCAUUGACCCCAAUCAACCCGAAUUUAAAGGCAAGGACUUCAACUCAGACGACUUCACGGAGGAAGCCAUCAACAGCAAGAUCGCAUGGCUCUACAGCACCAACCCGUACAAUAAAGGCAACAUCGCGGGUGUCUAUUCUGCGCUCGAUGCAUACUCGCAGGGACAGUACUGGACCCAGGCUCCAGACGGAGAUCACGCACAGCCAACAGGAGGCGACCAGUCCGCAGAUUCCACCCCCACCGGCUCUCCGAGUGCUUGGACGACGCUGGUCAGCAGUGCUACUCAGGUGCCUGAGAGCAGCGGGCUUUCAGGCUACGGCCUGUGA